AUAUUGAAUUUUGCUCUUCUUUUGUAUUUGUCUUUUGCUAUUCUAAUUUUAGGUGAUUUAGAACAAUAUAUAAUGGAACAUAUAUCGUCGUAUAGCAAGAAUAUAUGUGAUUUUCCUGGAAUAAAAGGUAAUGACGAAAUGAAAAAAGAAAUAAAUGAACUUUAUCGUAAUCACCAUUCAACAAGCACUCGUGAUGAUGGUCAUACAAAAGUUCCAGAAAUAAAUUCCAUCAAUAAUAAUCCAAAUAAACAACAUGGAAGAUCAAAUUAUAUGAACAAAAAAGUUGAUACCAAGAAUACACAUGUUAAUUCAACAAAUGAUACACACAAUGAACCUGAAAAUGAAGAUGUAUAUUUAUCAAGUAGUGAAGGUGAAAGUGAACUUCCAGAAGAAAAGAACGAAAUCAACAUUUCAAGUGGUGGUACAAAACGUCGCUUGAUUCAUUGGCGAGGAGGAGCGAAGAACUGUGGUACUUUUUUGUUACUUACAAAAGAACAAGAAGUGAAAGAAUGUGUCCAAUCCGCAUUGGCUUAUGCUCGUGACCAUGGAACAUUAAUGAGUGGUGUUCAAUUAAAAACAUUACUGGACAUUCAAAAUGUUGAAAUAACAAAAGAUCGAGCUAUCACACUUUUGGAAGUCAUAUCUAAAAAUAUCGAAAUCGUUCCGAAUCCUUAUUUCAUAUCACCAAUAUCAAAACGACCUGUGUAUCAAUAUUAUGGUGCAAGAUACGAAUUAGAAGAAGUUGCUCCCAUAAGAUAUAUACCUAUUCCAACUGGAAUAGCGAAACAAUAUGCAAAAAAACAAGAUGAAAAGGAAAAAUCAAACUAUGAUGAAAAAAAUGAAAUUGAAGAAGUUGAAAAACAAAGUUUUAUUAGUUCAGUGGAGCAUGGUGAUCAAGGUAAAGCUGAUAGUAACAAAAAGAAUCGAAGUCUGAUUACAUCUACUUCACUUGAUAAAGAAAAUAUUGUUGGUGAGAAGGAAUCAUUACUACCUAUUCAAUCAAAAUCAACUAAAAAAAGCAAUAAUGAUUUAAUUUAUAAUGAUUAUAACAAUGUUAAUACUGUUACAAUAGAAGAACAAGUUUCCGAUGCAAAUGUUAAUACACCAAUUUCUUAUCCAGAUACUCAUACAAUUGGCUCCAGUACAACAGAUGAUGCAAAUAUUGAACCAUUAAAUGAUCCAAUUUCGUCGGUUCAAAGUCCACCUACAAGUUCACAUUCAUCUUUAAAUUUCAGUACCAGUACGCCCAAAACGACAUCAGUUAAACAAUCAAAAAAUAAAAAUGUUUUGAAUAAAAACGUUGUUACUAGUCGUAAAAUAUCGAAAAGGUAUAGCAAACGAAGAUCAAUUUUUCUACGUUCAAAAACGAAAAAGAAGCAACAAGAUUUAUCUGGUAUUACAUCUAAACGUAAACAAAAUGAUCUAGACAGCUGUUCAACAACAUCAACUACUCCAUCGAAAAAACAGAAGCCUGCUGAUAAUGAAAAAAAAACGACGAAAUCAUCAAUGAUUACCUGA